AACCCCAUUUUACUUUGCGUGGAAACAGGGCUUCAUGUUUGAGUUCUCUGUUUUGUGACUCUUUCGGUUCUGACUAUGGAGGAUUUGCUGCUGGGGUAUCACCAGUGUUUGAAAAAAAUGGGUUGUCGUCAUCUUCCCAGGCCUUAUAUCUUGAAAGGCAGAUGGUCAGUGUGGGUGUAGGCACAAGGUCAUAUAGGCCGAGAAGAUCUUGCUCAGAAUUCAGAUCUGAUGAGGAGACUGAUGAGGCUGUUUUGCUAAGAAGACAGAAGCAGAUAGAGUAUGGCAAAAACACCAUUGGUUACCAACACUUUGUCCAACAAGUCCCCAAAGCUUCUCGGCAGUCAGGUGUUCAUCCACGUACUCCAAACAAACAUAAGAAGUACAGUCGUCGUUCCUGGGACAUGCAGAUUAAGCUAUGGCGACGGGCACUGCAUGCCUGGGACCCCCCUGGGCUAAAUGCAGAAGGACCUGAGAGGCAGAAGCUGGUGAUUGAGAGGCGUCCUCUCUUCGUCUCAAAUGGCUGCUUUGAUACCCAAGAGAUGCUAGAAAACCCAUAUGAAGAAGCCUUAGGAGGACAGGUUGUUAGAUUGUCAGCUUCUCGUCACUUUGUUCCAUGGCUGCCUGAGAAUGAUCACUUCAAUGGUGGAAACUUUGUUGAACAUGCAGAAGACUGUUCUGUCUGCCCUGAGUGCAGAUGUCAUGUCCUGAGAAUAUGGCGGCGCUUGACACCCUUUAGAAGGCAUUGUUUAAAUGAGGGAAAGACCUGAGACAGACAUGAGGCUUUUAUGUUUCUGCCCUGCUCGUGUAUCUUCCCAGUUAUUUUGGUAUAACAUCCCUAAGAUUGUAGGGGGAUCUAGCCUAUCUCUGCAGCUGUUCUGGUACUCAGCUUCUUUUUGUCCAGUCUUCAUAAUAAUGGAGUGAAUACAUGACUAACUACUUAACAUGUCUUUGGUCACAUUUCUAUUAUAUGGGUGUAGUUUGGGUGGAAGAGGAGUGGUGACUAUUACAGAAGUCAAAUAGUUCUUGCAGUCCCAUGCCUUGUAAGGAAGAGUGUGAUUUGAGCACUAAGAGGACAAACACUGUGCCUGAACUAAUUUGAGAAAGAUCAUCUCUGCCUAACACUUUGACCUGAUUAAAAACAGUUGAUUAAAA